GAAAGACAACCCGCAAGCACGCAGGCAAGCCAGCGGGUGGAAAUCCCGAGACACCAGAAGCAAAAUGGCCAGCGCCAGUAGCACAGCCCGUCGCGGCGGCAGGAGACCAGGAUAUCCUGUGCGCACAGAGUUACGGUAUGAUAUCAGGCAAGAAAGACGCAUGCACGCCAGAUAGCGGGAGCGUAUCAGAUUUACGAGAGGCGCCGCCUGCCUCUGCUACGAGCGCGAGCCGCGUGAACUUGUGUCUGUAUGUAGGGGGGGUCAUCAGGCAGGCAGGCGGUUGGGCCGCACGACCGCGCGCGGCAGAGAUCGCCCUCAGCACGCCCAACUGGGGGCACCAGGGCCAGGCAGACCGGCAGCGGAACUGGAAGGCCUCAAUAUUUUGUCUCGCGGCAGCAGCGCACGCGGCGAGCCAAGCUUCUAGCGGCGCGGGCGCUAGAAGGCGGCAGCACUGGGCUGCUGACGGGGUUUUGCGAACCCUUCCCUCUUUUCUUCGCCUCGCGAGCGAGAGAGCGGAACUGGCGGCCACCCAGUGGCGUGCACGCCACGGGCGGAGUCCAGCAGCACGCCCACUCCGUCGGCCACGCAGCGCAGUCGUCGGCGGCGUUGGUGGCAUGGCGGCGGGGCUUUCCCUGCGUCGCGCCACGCGCGACGCAGGAGCGUCAUUCGUUGGCGAGAGCGGCCGUUUGUCGUGAGAGGGCGUUUUUUUGGCGGCGGCGGUUGAUGGAGGCACGGGGGCUUGGGGGAGGGUCUUGGGAGGAGUUAGGUUACCACGUUGUUGUUGCGCCG